AUGCCUGACUACAAGUAUGGAAGACAGCCCAAGGGACGGAUGUUCCGAAAGUGGAUGGAGAACCCUCUUGAGCCCGGAUGUCCAGUUGCAAGAAGUACCCUCGUCUUGGACCAUAGAACAAGGCACCCGGAGUUCAGAGUUACUCACACCCCCACAAAACUAUCUGCCUCGUGGAACCCACUGCUGGCACCCCUAGGGCUAACGCUUGAACAUCCUGAUGUACGUGACUCUGGAUCCCAGUAUCGAGAUAUCGAAAUCAUGAACCGCCACGGCUCGCCAGUAAACUGGUGUGGAUGUACUGGACCAGGCGUGAUCUUUAUUGACAAUGUAUACAGAUCGCACAACAAUGCCCGCCUUCCGCAUAUGUCCGAUAUCACCAAGGUUGCUUAUGAGAUGGACUUUUCCUUGAAUUCCCUUAAGUAUGUAUUUGUCAACGGGAUUAUGAACGAGGACACUGUACCUUGUGUCAGAUACGAGGUAUAUCGAUCCAUCGUACCUUACGAAUACCCGUCUAGAGACCCACGAAUUUGGAACCUUGGAACGGCAGAGUUCGAUGCGUUGCUGGGCACGGGGAUUGGUAAGAUGGUCGCAUCCUUCGUUCUGUGUGCGUUUGGCCAGGGUAGAAGAUGUAUUAUACGAAUUGUUACUUUCCAUACUAACGAGUUUUACAACUUGAACAUGCGGUUUGAUAUUGCGUGA